CGCCUCUACAGGAAGGCCUACCACGACUCCAAGACCCAGAUCCACAUCCCCGUGGAUGCCCUGUCGGUGCAGGCGGCCAAGGAGUGCCAGGCACUGGUCAGUGACAUCGACUACAAGCAGUACCUGCACCAGUGGACGUGUCUUCCCGACCAGAACGACGUGAUCCACGCGCGGCAGGCCUACGACCUGCAGAGUGACGCUGUGUACAAGUCAGACCUGGAGUGGCUCCGUGGCAUUGGUUGGUUGCCCAAUGAGUCUCCAGAGAUCAAGAGGGUGAAGAAUGCCCAGGACCUCCUGAGUGACAACGUGUACCGGACACCCAUCGACAGGCUGAAGUUCACCAGUGUGGUGGAUUCCCCGGACGUUGUCCUUGCUAAAACAAACGCUGAGCAGCUCAGCAUUCCAAAAUACAAAGAAGCCUGGGAAAAGGACAAGACCAUGAUCCAUAUUAUGCCAGACACACCUGAAAUCAACCUAGCCAAGGCUAAUGCUGUUAAUUAUAGCCAGAAAAAGUACAAAGGAGCUUGGGAUGAGGUGAAGGCGAGCUACGAUUUGAGAGCGGACGCGAUCCCCAUCAAGACAGCCAAGGCCUCCAGAGAGAUUGCCAGUGAUUACAAAUACAAACUGGAGCACGAGAAGCAGAAGGGCCACUACGUCGGAGUUCCCGACGCCAAAGGGGACUCGAAAAUCCAGUUUGCCCUCGACGUAGCCAAAGUUCAGAGCGAGCGGGAGUACAAGAAGAACUUUGCCAAGCUGAGGACCCAGUGCCACCUCCCAGUGGACAUGAUGUCCAUCGUGGCAGCCAAGCACGGGCAGACUCUGGUCAACGACGCCGAGUACCGGACGUACCUGCACCAGUGGAUCUGCCUCCCGGACCAGAACGACGUCAUCCAUGCCAGGCAGGCCUACGACCUCCAGAGCGAUGCUGUUUACAAAGCUGAUUUGGAAUGGCUGCGGGGCAUUGGAUGGCUGCCCAAUGAUUCCCUUGGAGUCAAGCAUGUCAAAUAUGCUGGAGAUCUCUUGAGUGAGAGAAAGUACCGCACAAAGGCUGAAACCCUUCCCUUCACCCCGGUGGCCGACAGGGUUGAUUACGUCACAGCGAAGAACAGUGGGGAGAUUCUCAGUGAUAUUAAAUACCACAAAGCCUGGAAUGAGGCCAAGUCCAAUUACACCCUGACAGACACACCACAGCUGGAUAUGGCCCGGGAGGCCGCCAGGAUUCUAAACCAGAGUUUAUAUAAGGAGAGUUGGGAGAAAGAAAAAGCCACUGGGUACCUGUUGCCCCCUGACACGGUGCAGAUCUCUCAUGCCAAGCACUCCAGCGAUGUCCAGAGUGAGCUGAAAUACAAAGCUGAGUACGUGAAGCAGAGAGGUCACUACGUGGGCGUUGCCAAGAUGAGGGAUGACCCCAAGCUGGUGUGGUGCGAGCACGCGGGCGAGAUCCAGAACGACCGCCUGUACAAAGCCAACUACAACAAAACCAAGUCCAAAAUCCACAUCCCUGUGGAUGCCAUGGCGGUUGUGGCGGCAAAGGAAGGGCAGCACUUGGUCAGUGACGUUGACUAUCGCCAGCACCUGCACCAGUGGACGUGUCUUCCCGACCAGAACGACGUCAUCCACGCGCGGCAGGCCUACGACCUGCAGAGCGAUAACAUCUACAAAUCCGACUUGGAAUGGCUUCGUGGCAUCGGUUGGAUCCCUCUGGACUCGGUGGAGCACAAGAAGGUUAAGAAUGCCCAAGAACUGGUAAAUAAGAGAUCAUACACCAAAGAAGCCCUGGAUAACUUUUCCAAAUACACCAGUGUGGUUGACACUCCUGACAUCGUGUUGGCAAAGAUGAACUCUGUCAACCAGAGUGAUCUAAAAUACAAAGAAACCUUUAACCUUGAGAAAGGCCAGUACAUCGGGUCUGACGACACUCCUGCACUGCACCACGCCAAGGACAUGUCCUUACUGCACAGCGAGAAACAUUACAAGAAGGCUUGGGAGCAGAGCAAGCCCAUUGGAUACACUUUGGAUGAGAAGUACGUGCCUCUCGUCGGAGCCAAACACGCAAACCACAUCAACAGCGAGCGUAAAUACAAGGAAAUCUAUGAGAAACUGAAAGGCCAUUACCUGGCAGGGAAGGAAAUUGGGGAUUUCCCCGGUGUCGUUCACUCGCUGGAAUUCCAGAAAAUGAGGAGCGCGUUGGCCUACAGAAAGAAUUAUGAAGACACCAAGAAAAACGUCCACAUUCCAAGUGACAUGAUGAACCACGUGCUGGCCAAGAAGUGCCAGCACAUCCUCAGUGACCUGGAGUACCGGCAUUACUUCCACCAGUGGAAUUGUUCCCCUGAAGAAAACGAUGUGAUUCAUGCCAGAAAAGCCCAGGAAAUUCUGAGUGAUGCAGUGUAUAAAGAUGACUUGAACUGGCUGAAGGGACUUGGGUGUUAUGUGUGGGAUACUCCACAAAUCAUCCAGGCCAAGAAAUCCUAUGACCUCCAGAGUCAGAUAAAAUACACAUCUGCAGGAAAGGAGAACUUCCAGAACUUCAGUGUGGUCACAGACACCCCUGUGUAUGUGACUGCUCUGCAGAGUGCUGUCAAUGCCAGUGAGGUGAAAUACAAGGAGGAGUUCCAUAAAACCAAGGACAAGUACACAACGGUGACUGAAACAGUGGAUUCUGAAAGGGUUCAGAAUCUGAAGCAUCUUUAUAGCAAUAAUCUCUACAGGAAAGCCUGGGAUAAAGUGAAGGCCACUGGAUAUGCCAUACCCUCGGAUUCCGUAGCCCUGGCACGUGCCAAGGAGCUGAAGCACAAUGCCAGCACUGUGAAAUACCGUGAGGAGUAUGACAAGUUCAAAGCCCUGUACACGAUCCCCAGGGGGGUGGAGGAUGAUCCCAACACGGAACGGUGCCUCAGAGUUGGGAAGCUCAACAUUGAUAGAUUGUACAAAGAGGCCUACGAGAAGACCAAAGCCAAGGUGCACAUCGUGCCAGACAUGGUGGACAUCGUGGCUGCCAAGGACGCCCAGAAGAAGAUCAGCGAGGUGGAUUAUCGCACCCGCCUGCACGAGUGGCUCUGCCUGCCCGACCUGCAGGUCAACGCCCACGUCCGCAUGGUCACCGACCAAGUCAGCGACGUGAUCUACAAGGAUGAUCUGAACUGGCUGAAAGGCAUUGGCUGCUUCGUUUGGGACACCCCAGAAAUCCUCCACGCCAAGCAGGCCUAUGAUCUCCGCAGUGAUAUUAAGUAUAAAUCUAAGGCAGAAAAGAUGAAGAAGGACUUCACUGUGGUCACAGACACCCCUGUCUAUGUCCAGAAUAUCCUCAGUGCCUUGAAUUUAAGUGAGGCUGUGUAUCGUGGGGAUUACGUGAAGAAUGUUAAAGGCAAAAUGAUUUCUACUGACAAAACCAUCGAUUUGGAGCGGGCGUACAAUGCCAACAGGAUACAGAGUGAGAAUUUGUAUCGCUGGGCUGGUGUGAAUGCCCUGCCCACUGGGUACAGCCUUCCCACGGACACUCCCAACUUCCAGCACGCAAAACACGCCCAGUACAUCGGCAGUGACCUGAAGUACAAAGAAGCCUAUGAACACAUGAAGGCCAAAGGUUACACUCUGGGGCCUAAAGAUGUUGGCUUUGAAACCGCGAGGAAAGUCAAUGAAGUCGUUAACGAGAGGCUCUACAGGGCAACGUACCACAAGAACAAGGACAAGAUCCACACCACUCCCGACACCCCCGAGAUCCGGCAGGUCCGAGCGACCCAGGAGGCUGUCAGUGAUCUCAUCUACAAGUCAGAUUUCUUCAAGAUGCAGGGCCACCUGAUCUCCCUGCCCUACACCCCCCACGUGCUGCACUGCCGCUACGUCGGGGACAUCACCAGCGACAUUAAAUACAAAGAGGACCUGACGUGGUUGAAGGGCCUGGGUUGUUUCCUCUAUGACACUCCUGACAUGGUCCGUGCUCGUGACCUCAAAAAGCUUUGGUCUAAUUACAUUUACACUAGUACUGCAAAGAAGAUGUGGGCCAAAUUCAACGUGGUGUUGGACACUCCUGGAUACAGAGCAGUGCAGGAGCUAAAAACCCACUUGAGUGAACUGGUUUACAGAGCUGCAGGCAACGAGCUGAAGACAAAAUACACCUCCAUCCUGGACACACCUGACUUGAUAAGAGCCAAGGAAGGACAAAAAAUACAGAGCCAGUACCUGUACGUAGAAGUUGCCACAAAAGAGAGGCCCCAUCAUCAUGCUGAUGGCCAGACUCAAGCCUUUACACAUGCCAGGCAAGUCAAGGACAUGAUCAGCGAGAAAAAGUACAAAACCCAGUACGAGAAGAUGAAGCACAAAUACACCCCUGUCCCUGACACCCCAGUCCUGCUCAGAGCCAAGAGGGCCUACCUGAAUGCCAGUGAUCUGCGCUACAAAGAGACCUUUGAGAACACCAAGGGCAAGUACCACACGGUGAAGGACGCCUUGGACAUCGUCUACCAUCGCAAGGUCACCGAUGACAUCAGCAGUAUCAAAUAUAAGGAGAAUUACAUGAGCCAGCUGGGAAUCUGGAGAUCAAUCCCAGACCGUCCAGAGCAUUUCCAUCAUCGCCUGGUCACGGAUGCCAUCAGUGAUGUUAAAUACAAGGAAGACUUGGCAUGGCUCAGGGGCACUGGCUGCUACGCAUGGGAUACCCCAGCUUUUGUCCUGGCAGAACAGAACAAAGUGCUCUACAGUGGGUGCAAGUACAAGGAGUCGUUUGAGAAGACCAAGUCCCAGUUCAAGUACGUGGCUGACUCUCCAAGCAACGAGCAUUUCAGAUAUGCAACUCAGCUGAUGGAUGGGAAAAGCUAUAAAUCCUUUGCCAAGAUGCUCCUGCAACACGGAUGUAAUGAAAUUCUGAGGCCAGAUAUGCUGACAGCUCUCUACAACACUUACUUGUGGAGCCAGAUUCAGUACAAAAAGGACUACGAGAAGAAGAAGGACAAGUACACCACCGUGGUGGACACCCCCGAGUACCUGAGGACCAGCAAAGUCAACAAACAGAUCAGCGAUAUCAUUUACAAGCUGGAGUACAACAAGGCCAAGCCCAAGGGCUACACCACCAUCCAGGACACGCCCAUGCUGCUCCACGUGCGCAAGGUCAAGGACAGGAUCAGUGAUCUGAAAUACAAAGAAAUGUACGAGAGGAGCAAAUCUCGCUGCAACGUCGUGGCAGAUUCUGUUCACAUCAAGACUCCCAGACACGCUUACAAGCUCAACAGCAACCUGGAUUAUAAGAAGAAAUACGAAGCAGCCAAGGCUCACUGGCACUUGAUUGCUGACAGGCCUGACUUCGUGCAGGCAGCCAAGUCAUCUCUGCAGCAGAGUGAUUAUGAAUACAAACUGGACCGGGAGUUCCUGAAGGGAUGCAAAAUCUCUGUCACUGAUGAUAAAAACACGGUGUUGGCCUUAAAUAAUGCCAUUUUAGCCAGUGAUAUAAAAUACAAAGAGAAGCACAACAAAGCCCGGGGAACGUACCACGCGGUCCCAGACACCCCUCAGAUCCUGCUGGCCAAGAAUGUCAGCUCCCUGGUCUCUGAGAACAAGUACAAAGAGCACAGCAAGAAGCAGCUGCCCCACGGCUCGUUCACGACGCUGCCCGAGACGCGGGACACGGCCCACGUCAAGGAGGUGACCAAGAACGUCAGUGAGACGAACUACAAGAAGAAGUUUGUGAAGGAGAAAGGCAAAUCUAAUUAUUCUGUCAUGCUGGAGCCUCCCGAAGUGAAACAUGCCAUGGAAGUUGCCAAAAACCAGAGUACAAUUGAAUACAAGAAGGAUGCCAAGUCAAAGCUCCACUACACACCGAUAGCAGACCGACCUGAUAUUAAGAAAGCAACUCAGGCUGCCAAGUUAAUCAGCAACAUCGAGUACAAGAAGAGGGGAGCAGCUGGUGUGGGGGUGACCAUGCUGGGACGUCCUGACAUCGAACUGGCCAAGGAGGUGUCCAAACUCACCAGCCAGGCUGAGUAUCUCAAACAGCACCUGAGGGGCCACGGAGCUGCGUCCUACGACACCCCCUGGAUGAGAACCUUUAAGAAAGCCAAUCUGCUCAGUAGCCAUGUGAAAUACAAGGAGAACUUUUCCAAAGAGUUGGGCAAGAAGCCCAAAUAUGAUCUGAAGGAGGCCAAAAUCUACAAGACCAUGAAGGACGCCCACAACAUGGCCAGCGAGGUGAAGUACAAAGCUGACCUGAAGAAGCUCCACAAGCCGGUGACGGACAUGUCGCAGUCGCUGCUGAUGAACCACGUGCUGAGCACGAGCCAGCUCGCCAGUGCUUACCAGUACAAGAAGCAAUAUGAGAAGAGUAAGGGUCACUACCAUGUGGUGCCAGAUAACCUUGAGCAGGUUCAUCUCAGGGAGGCAUCAGAACUCCAGAGCCACGUGAAAUACAGGGAAAAGUAUGAGAAGGAAAAGGGAAAACCCAUGUUGGACUUUGAGACUCCCACAUACCUCACAGCAAAGGAGUCCCAGCUGAUGCAGAGCGAGAAAGAAUACAAGAAGGACUUUGAGGAGUCCAUGAAGGGCAGGAACCUGGCUGGCCUGGAGGUCACACCAUCCCUCCUACACGUCAAAUAUGCCACCAAAAUAGCCAGUGAGAAAGAGUACAGGAAGGAUCUGGAGGAAGGUGUCAAGGGGAAAGGACUGACAGCCCUGGAGGAGACUCCAGACAUGCUGAGAGCCAAGAAUGCAACUCAAAUCCUCAAUGAGAAAGAGUACAAAAAGGCCUUGGAGUUGGAGAUCCGAGGAAAGGGCCUGACAGAGCUGGCUCUGGAGACCCCGGACUUUGUGCGGGCCAAGAACGCCACGGACAUCGCCAGCCAGAUCAAAUACAAACAAUUGGCAGAAAUGGAGAAAGCCAACUACACCAGUGUCGUUGACACUCCCGAGAUUAUUCAUGCCCAGCAGGUCAAGAGCCUUUCCAGCCAGAAAAAAUACAAGGAAGAGGCAGAGAAGAGCAUGUCACACUACGUGCCUGUGGCUGACACCCCAGAAAUGCAGCGAGUCCGGGAGAACCAAAAGAACUUCAGCACGCUCCAGUACCAGUCAGACCUUCAGAACAGCAAAGGCAAAGUCACAGUUGUCCAGGACACCCCCGAGAUCCUGCGGGUGAAAGAGAACCAGAAGAACUUCAGCUCGAUUUUGUAUAAAGAAGACAUUGGAACUGGAACCACUAUUGAAAAGACACCAGAGAUGCAGAGAGUUAAACAAACCCAGGAUAAUAUCAGCUCGAUCAAGUACAAGGAGAGCAUCGGGAAGGGCACCCCCAUCCCCGACCUGCCGGAGGUGAAGCGCGUCAAGGAGACCCAGAAGCACAUCAGUUCGGUGUUGUACAAGGAGGAGCUGGGCACGGGCACCCCCACGCCCGUGACCCCCGAGAUAGAGCGAGUCAAACGCACGCAGGAGCACAUUAGCUCGGUGUUGUACAAGGAGGGGUUGGGGACGGGCACGGCCACCCCGGUGACGCCGGAGAUGGAGCGAGUGCGGCGUAACCAGGAGAACAUCAGCUCGGUGUUGUACAAGGAGGAGCUGGGCACGGGCACCCCCACGCCCGUGACCCCCGAGAUAGAGCGAGUCAAACGCACGCAGGAGCACAUUAGCUCGGUGUUGUACAAGGAGGGGUUGGGGACGGGCACGGCCACCCCGGUGACGCCGGAGAUGGAGCGAGUGCGGCGUAACCAGGAGAACAUCAGCUCGGUGUUGUACAAGGAGGGGCUGGGGGUUGGCACCCCCGUUCCUGUCACCCCCGAGAUGGAGAGGGUCAAACGCAACCAGGAGAACUUUAGCUCGGUGUUGUACAAAGAGAACGUGGGGACGGGGACCCCCACCCCCGUCACCCCCGAGAUGGAGAGGGUCAAACGCAACCAGGAGAUCUGUAGCUCGGUGUUGUACAAGGAAAACAUAGGGAAAGCCACCCCCACCCCCGUCACCCCCGAGAUGGAGAGAGUCAAACGCAAUCAAGAGAUCAUUAGCUCGGUCCUGUACAAAGAAAACAUGGGCAAAGUGACGCCGACCCCCGUGACCCCCGAGAUGGAGCGAGUGAAACGCAACCAGGAGAUCAUCAGCUCGGUUUUGUACAAGGAGCACAUGGCAAAGGGAACUCCAACCCCUCUGACUCCGGAGAUGGAAAGAGCCAAACGGAACCAGGAGAACAUCAGCUCGGUUCUUUACUCGGACAGUUUCCGCAAGCAGGUCCAAGGAAAAGCCGCCUACGUCCUGGACACGCCGGAGAUGAGGAGAGUGAGGGAGAGCCAGAAACACAUCUCCACAGUCAAAUACCACGAGGACUUCGAGAAGAGCAAAGGGAGUUUCACCCCCGUGGUCACCGACCCCAUCACCGAGAGGGUGAAGAAGAACAUGCAGGACUUCAGUGACAUCAGCUACAGGGGCAUCCAGAGGAGGGUGGUGGAGAUGCAGCAGAAACGUGUGGACCAGGACCAGGAGAACCUCACAGGUCUCCGUGUCUGGCGCACCAACCCCGGCUCCGUCUUCGACUACGACCCCGCCGAGGACAACAUCCAGUCCCGCAGCCUGCACAUGAUCUCAGUGCAGGCCCAGCGGCGCAGCCGGGAACAUUCCCGCUCUGCCAGCGCCCUGAGCAUCAGCGGGGCCGGAGAUGAGAAAUCCGAGCCCUCGGAGGGCACCGACCAGCGCCUGUCCUACUACAGCAACGGGGGCUUCUUCACCACCACUGCCACAGUGGGCUACAAACAGGUGAAAACCAUCGAGCUGCCACAGCAACGCUCGUCCUCGGUGGCCACGCAGCAAACCACGGUGUCCUCGGUCCCCUCCCACCCCUCCACUGCCGGGAAGACGUACCGGGCCAUGUACGAUUACACAGCAGCUGACGCCGACGAGGUUUCCUUCAAGGACGGCGACACCAUCGUCAACGUGCAGGCCAUCGACGAGGGCUGGAUGUACGGAACGGUCCAGAGGACCGGCAAGACCGGGAUGCUCCCGGCAAACUACGUGGAGGCCGUGUGAGCAGCCCCUGCCCCUGCCCACCCUGAGGGCACAAAAGGGGGGGGUGACACCGCCCAAGGUUGGCCUUGGGACAAAAAGUAACUGCAGAGCAAAGAGGAUUCUUGAAAUGUUAUUUCAAAACAUCUCGGAAAAGUCACCUGUAAAAGUGACUUUGCAUUUCUUCCACUGCUAAAAAAAACACACCAUAACAUGACACUACAACCACAGUCCAGGAUCUCCAAAAUUUGAUAUCAGUAUCAAGACUAAGACUCCCAAGCGUUACUUUAUUCGUUCUACAAAAACUAAUUUUUUUUCUGGGCUAUGUGUUGAAAUCUGUUCACUUCCUUUCCCAUAUAAAGCAACAUCUAAGCUUAGUAUUUCAAACCAAAAAUUUAUCUGGGGAGGGGGAAAACAAACCCUCUCCUCCUGCUUGCUGAGGCCUCACGAAUAUGUUCUUUGUGCAACUGUUCUGGGGUCAAAAGCUGUUGUUUCUUGUAAAUUAGUGACUGAAUAAAGCUGAUGUUUCUGCA